AUGAUGAAUUCCAUCUUCGGAAAGCGGAAGACUCCUGCAGAACUUCUGCGAGAAAACAAAAGGAUGCUGGAUAAGUCUAUCAGAGAGAUAGAGAGGGAGAGGCAAGGCCUUCAAACACAAGAAAAGAAACUCAUUGCUGAGAUUAAAAAGACUGCUAAGCAAGGCCAGAUGGGAGCUGUGAAAGUGAUGGCAAAGGACCUUAUCAGAACUCGGCACCAGAUUGAGAAGUUUUACAAGCUUAAAUCCCAACUUCAGGGUGUAUCUCUUAGGAUCCAGACUCUGAAGUCAACACAAGCAAUGGGUGAGGCAAUGAAAGGUGUGACUAAAGCAAUGGGGCAAAUGAACAGGCAGAUGAACCUGCCAUCUCUGCAGAAAAUCAUGCAAGAAUUCGAGAGGCAAAACGAGAAAAUGGAGAUGGUCUCUGAGGUGAUGGGAGAUGCUAUUGAUGAUGCUUUGGAAGGAGACGAGGAAGAGGAAGAGACUGAAGAUCUUGUUAGCCAAGUCCUUGACGAGAUUGGAAUCGACAUCAACCAAGAGCUGGUGAAUGCUCCAUCUGGUGCGGUCGCAGCACCGGCGGCAAAGAACAAGGUGGUGCAAGCUGAAGCGACAGGAGCUGAAGACGGAGGGGGAAUAGAUAGUGACCUUCAGGCAAGGUUGGACAACCUUCGAAAAAUGUGA